AUGGGUCCAGAGCAGAAACUUACAGAUGUUCCACCUUCAACUUGUAAUUAUGAAAGGCACACCUCCCUGCUCAGGCUUCCUUCUUGCCUUGUAUGUUUAAGGUAUACAGGCUUACAGAAGCACUACUCAGGAUCGUGCCAGUACAGUGACGAAGCAGAAAGCCAAGUUAUCUCUCCCUCUCAGCGCGUAUCCCAUGCUCUCACCUCGGCACUCGUCCGCUCACACAGCCCUGCGCCAAGCCUGGGUCCUUUCUCUCCCAGAAGUUUGCGGCCAACGCUGCCCAAGGGUCGUCCUACAAACCAACAGCGGAAAAGCCGAGCCAAAAAGAUAAAGGGGAUUAGGCGGGCAUUACUUCCACUGACCUAUAUACUGCCCUCAGCCCGCGGCGGCCCUGCGGCAGACGGCAGCUGCUCGGCCGGGGGUGACACCGGCCUGACAGCCCGCCCCGCCUGCCACAGGCCGAGCGGCGGCGCGACAGCCCCGAAACUCCGUGCGGGGCCCGUCCCAGCCGCCGCCGCCCGCUCACGGCUCCCGCCCCAGCGGGACCGGCCCCUACCUGGCGCGGGUGGCGGCGGAAAGUUUCUCCGGGGAGGGGCCAGGCGGGCUCCACUCCCUCUCCGCCGAAACCACCGGCUCCGGGGAGGAAGGAAGGAAGAAAGGAAAGAGGGAGGCAGGGAGGGAGGUGGCCACCCAGGCUGCCACUCUAUGGCCGUGCACAUAAACUACAGCCUUAGUUCCACUGCAAUAAGUUGUACUGGAGGAGUUUCUGGGAAUGAGUGAGAGAACAUCUGGGCUUCAUUGUCCUACAACGCGAGUAUGAAUACUUUAGAAGACGACAAAGGAAAAAUCUACCAUAUUGUGUCUCAGAGUACAAUCACA